UCACUAGAAUCUGUCGCUCCGCCAGCUGGAAGGAACCGAGAUCAAUCUGCUCGCGUUUAAAUCGAUGAUACAAACGUGCGCUGCAUUUUUAACGAUCGUCAUUCUUCGCGUCCGUAUCAGUUUGAUGCUGUUACGCCUGUGCUUUUAUAUUUCAAUAUGAAGAUUCUCCUUACGCUUUGUAAUACUGGAUACAAUCUGGGGUCGAUAGAUAGAAAAUCGAUCGCAACGCAUCUCGUAUGUGGAUAUUAAUCGCGUGUUUGGCACCGAAACGAUGCAUUUUGAUUCAUGGUCAUCUCACACUAAACGGAACAGGACUGUGUUGUGGACGACGGGCAUGAAGAGUUCAGACGGCGUGGAUUAGAUCGUUUGGAAUAUAGGACUUUGAUUUCUCUUGUCUCCAUGUUGGCCUUCAGAGGACCUUUGCAUUUGUGCUCUGAAAUGAAAUAAUGGCAACGUGUCGGGCUGCGUCAACGCACCACGAUGAGAAGACAAAUCCAGCUGUGUCACCAGUUUGCAAGGCCAAGCAGAAGGAUGGGAAUGAGCGCAGCGAGACCUCAGCUCUGUCACCGACCGCUGAAGAGGAGCUCUUCUCAUGGCCGGGCCCUAAAACACUGCACCUAUGCCGCACCUCACACGGGUUUGGUUUUACUCUCCGGCACUUUAUCGUGUACCCGCCGGAGUCUGCCGUUCAGUCCUCUUUUAAGGAUGAAGACAACAGCAGCAGAGGGAGACAGCGGAACAGACUGGAGCCAAUGGACACCAUCUUUGUGAAGCAGGUGAAAGAAGGAGGCCCCGCCCACGGAGCUGGACUCUGCACAGGGGACCGUAUUGUAAAAGUCAACGGAGAGAGCAUCAUCGGAAAGACAUAUUCCCAAGUAAUCGCCUUGAUCCAAAACAGUGAUACAUCUCUGGAGCUCUGUGUGAUGGCAAAAGAUGAAGACAUUUUACAGCUGUUCUCCCGGGACAUCACAGCUCUGGCCUAUUCUAAUGAUGCGUACCUCAAAGGAAACGAAGCAUUUAGUGGAAAUGCUCAGAACAUUCCUGAGCCUCCCUUGAUAUGUUACCCACGGAUAGAGCCCAACACCUCAACGCAGGUGUCAGAUCCUUUGCGCAAUGCAGAGGUUUCAUGUGGAACAGAACACAGAGCGAUUCAUUGCUCCAAGGCCGACUUAGGAUACCGUGUGGAUAUGUCCACCCCACCCCCGACCUCUCAGGACCAGAAGAACCAAUCUGUUGUGCGUGUAUUUAAUGAGAGUAUGAUGACAACGAUGGUGUCCGCCGAAUCCCCAGAUCGGACUUCACACGUGACCUGGGCUUCUCCCAGCCACAGGACAGAAGAGAACCGGUACGUUGCUUCAAAAGACACAAAAGUGACCAUAUCUCAAACUGGAGCAGCACAAUCUCAACAUGAACUUAAGACAACUGCAGAUCCCAGUGGGUUGUCCAGCACUCCACACACGCACGUGGAUAAUACCCCUGCAACCUGCCACAGACAGACUACAACAGCAGAUGCCGUCCCGUCAGCCACUUCUCCCACCCCAUACACACCAUCCCCUCCGCCAGCCACCCCCUCGCCCUGUUCCCCCCACCAAAAUAUUGACUGGAGGAACUACACGACUUACAAGGAGUACAUUGACAACAAGCGGCUCUACAUGUACGGUUGCCGAACCAUUCAGGAGCGGCUAGACAGUCUGCGAGCCACGUCUCCGGACUACAACAGGCAGAAAAGUGCAUCUACAACAACCACCCCCUCACGAGGCUUCUCUGGAGCACAGCUGAGACGAAGGAGCGCCUCGCAUGAUCGUUGUUAUCAGGGAUCCAGCUUGCGGCCUUUGCGCAGCGCCUCUCAAGAGAGGAUUGGGGGUGCAGAGCGGAACUGGCCUCGCAGUGCUUCCCAGGAUUCCCUGCCUUCCGCACCCACAGGAGUGCCUAAACCAAGGGCGUAUUCUUGUGACUAUUUGGGCAAACAUAAUGACAGUGUGUUGUCCGUUUUGGACAGGCAGAUGGGCUGCAGAACAGAGACAGAGGAACGGUUACUCAUGAGUACAGGGGAUGAUGCAAGAGCCAGCCGACAGUCUUCAUCUUUACGCAUGGUUCCUCAACACCAUAGAGGGGUGUUCGGUCCGGAUAGGCGAGGGGGGAGCUACCCAGGGUUGCCAGUCACCUCUCUUUCCAACAGAGGUACAAAUUCAUUCCUCAACUCCAGAGCUGAAAGCCUGGGUAACACUGCUUUUGUCAACAAACCGUCACUGCAACCGGCCAAAAAUUACGCUUCGGACCCUUCCACUGCUGCCGCUUCAUACAUAGCCUCUGCCCUGGCCUCAAUACAAGGACAUAUCCGUGACAGCUCCAACUCCGUCACAGACCAAAGAACACCUCCCACUUCCAACCACCUGCCACACAAUGCAAAGCAGUCAGUGCCCAGAGUUCGGGCCGACAGCCUUCGGGAGCCGUUCAGAGAGGAAGCCCGUGGAGGACGCUCUUCCUCCUGCUCGGCCGUCUCCAAACCACACAGAACAAAUCAGGGUGGAGUCAAGCCCAGUAAUUGUACAGGUCCUCAGCACCCCAAGCCCAAAGUUACACAACCCCAUGAGAAGGAGGGUGUCGAGGGUCCAGACGCAACCGUAGUAGUGGUUCGUAGGGAGAAGUCUGGAUCUCAACCCAUCCGCCCCUAUUCUUACAUUCUGGCCGUUAAUGAAACUGAUGGAGGGGCGAAAACGACUGCCGACUCCAACGCAUGCCGUUUGCAAAAUGAUGCCCGGCGUGAAAUGCACAUGAGGAAACUAAGUGACCAGUGCAAAGCCUCCUUUUGCAGCAACAUCGACAACUCAUUGGACUCCAUCCCCUUUAUAGAUGAGCCAUCGAGUUCCAGUCAUGACCACGACAACGCACACGUUAUUGCAUCCGCCGUGAUUUCCAGCACGCCUGUCAUCACCACUAUCCCACCCAGUCCGACCUCCCCGUGUCCCAUAAUACGCCGCCAGCUUUCCCACGACCAGGAUUCUUUACGACUCACGUUUCUGGAAUCAGACUCGGGGGCUAAAACCGAGCGCUCCAGAUCCUUUGAUGAGGGCCUGGAUAACUAUAGAGAAGAGGAGAGAGGGAGGUCCGGUAAACACACCCAUGGAUUCAAAGGCCUUAGAAAGGUUGUUGAUAAGUCAUCUGAGGACUCGAGCUCUAGCUCCAGAAGAGACUCCACCUCAGAUGUUUUCAGUGAUGCCACAAAAGAAGGUCUGCUUCAUUUCCGCCAGCUCAACUCAGAUAAGAGCAAGCGUGUUGCCAGUGGCAUGCGACCAUGGAAGCAUAUCUACGCUGUGCUGCGUGGUCACUGUCUCUAUCUGUAUAAAGACAAGAAGGACGGCCAAAACUCUCUGACAGAAGACGAGCCUCUUGCGAUCAGCAUCAAAGCCUGUCUGAUUGACAUCUCGUACAGCGAUACAAAGCGCAAGAACGUCCUGCGGCUGACCACGUCGGACUUUGAAUACCUGUUUCAGGCAGAGGACCGUGAGGAGAUGCUGUCCUGGAUACGAGUCAUUCAGGAAAACAGCAACUUGGAUGAUGAGAAUGCAACGGUUACCAGCACAGACCUGAUCAACCGGAAAAUAAAAGAGUACAACACUCUAAUGAGCCCAACCAGCAGUAAGGCAGAAGCGUCUCCAAAGGCCUCCAGGCAGUCUCUGAGCUUCAGACAGACGCUGUUGGGUGGUAAGGGGGAGAGUAAAGCCACCAGCCCUCACUCACCAAACAAAGACUAUGACAGAAAAGCAGUGCAUAAAGAUGAAACAAGUCCACCCAAGGAUAAGGUCACGUGGAGGAAGGGCAUCCCUGGACUGAUGAGGAAGCCCUUUGAAAAGAAAGCGUCUCCUGGAGUCACGUUUGGAGUGAGACUAGAUGACUGUCCUCCAGCUCACACUAACAGAUUUGUUCCUCUGAUAGUGGAAGUGUGCUGUAAGCUGGUAGAGGAACGCGGACUGGAAUACACGGGCAUUUACAGAGUACCAGGCAAUAACGCCGCCAUCUCCAUCAUGCAGGAGGAGCUGAAUAACAAGGGCAUGGGAGACAUUGAUGUUCAGGAUGAUAAAUGGAGGGACUUAAAUGUGAUCAGCAGUUUACUCAAAUCCUUCUUCAGGAAGCUUCCUGAACCUCUCUUCACCAACGAGAAGUAUGCAGACUUUAUUGAUGGCAACAGAAUAGAGGAUCCUGUAGAGAGACUGAAAGUGCUGAAGAGACUGCUUCACGAGCUGCCUGAUCAUCAUUAUGAAACACUGAAGUUUCUCUCUGCACAUCUUAAAACCAUAGCUGAAAAUUCAGAAAAGAACAGGAUGGAGCCACGGAAUCUGGCCAUUGUGUUCGGCCCAACACUGGUGAGGACAUCAGAGGAUAACAUGACUCACAUGGUAACACACAUGCCUGACCAAUACAAGAUUGUCGAGACCCUCAUUCAGCAUUAUGACUGGUUCUUCACUGAGGAGGGCGACAUGGAGCCAACGACGACGGUUCAGGAGGAGAGUGCUGUGGAGUCUCAACCCGUCCCAAACAUCGACCACCUGCUGACUAACAUUGGCCGGACUGGAACCACUACAGGGGAAGUGUCAGAUUCACCAACCAGUGACUCUGCCAGAUCUAAGCAGGGUUCCUGGGGCUCAGGGAAGUAUCAUUGCAGCCGCGAGUUCCUUCAGCCGCAAGUAUCCUCCAUCUUUGCUGCAGCCAACCACAAACGAAAAAAGCACAAGGCCAAGCUGCAGGCCAGCAGCUCUGAGGACGACCUCGAUACCAUCUUCACAAUGAAAGAAAGCUCGAGUGAAAAGCAGAAACACCAAAACCUUGAGAAAGUUACAGGAGGGUCCGGCAUCAGCCUGGACCGAAAAUCACCUGGACAAAAGAAGAACGGCAUCGGUGCUGCAUCCACCACAAAGAACAAAGACCACAGGAACUCUUUCUUCAUGAAGACCUCGCCCAGGCUCUCAUGUUCACCCGGAUUCAUCCGCCAGAGCUCUUGCCCUCCCAAAUCGGCUUUCACGGAUCAGUUCGAUGAGACCACCUCAGACUUGGGCACCAUGAGUUCUGGAGCUUCGGUUUCCAGAACCAGACCUCGGAAAUGGGGCACAGCGACGUCAGUGGCUUCCGAGCUGUUACAGGUUCCUGGUGGGGCAUCCCUGACUGCAGAGGUGAGCUCUAUUACCUCAGACUACUCUACCACUUCAUCCAACACAUUUCUGACGGGGAUGGAGUCCAGCACGUUUAGCCCGGAGAUUCAGUCUGUGACAGAGAGCCGGGGAGGGGAUGAAGCAGAUGAUGAGCGCAGUGAGCUUGUUAGCGAAGGACGGCCGAUGGAGACGGACAGCGAGAGUGAUUUCCCCUUGUUCUGUCAUGGCACCUCUACUCUUGGCAAACCAACCACGGUGGACGAUGUCAACGCCACAGUCAGGCUGGACGGGCACGGGUUAUCCUGCCAAAAGCUGCUAGAAAGUGACAGGUCGUUGAGGAGGCGGUCUCUCCGACAGAAGACGGACAGCGAUUCGUCAGUUGAAACAGGGAAUCAAGGGGUCAAAAAUGAAUCAAACCGAUUCUCUCGAGUUCUGAGAGUCAUGAAGAGAGGCCGGUCAACUGGUAGCCUCAGUGCGUCAGGCCGCAGCGAAUCUGACCGCGUUGAGCCAGCUUGGCAUCUUAAAAUCACAGAGAGACUCUUGCUGCGUCUUCGCGGCUCUGCUGAUGACAUGUUCGGCGUGAAGUCCCGCUCAACAGACACACGCAACAAGAAAAAGAGCAUCAGACGGCGGCAUACUUUGGGCGGUCAGCGGGAUUUUGCGGAACUUGAUGUCAUUCAUGACUGGAGGGAACAGGGCGGGGUGGAUCAAGGUGCCGAACUGUCUGCUGUGGAGCGCCUAAAUCCCGAUUGCAACUCUCAGGACUUCUCUAUCCGGAACUGGAUUGCGCGCGAGCAGUGCCGAGUGGAAUCAGAGGGUCAGUUUGCGUCGGACAAGGUGGAAAUGGUAGAGAAUCAAGAAGGAAGUACGCAAUCGCUGACUACUUCUGCCUCUUCAUGUGUCCACUCCAGCUCAGAGCGAGUGAACGGAGGUGCAUCAAAAGGCAAAUCCAAAAACAACCUGAGUCUAGGAGCUGAUGCUCAUCCACAGAAACUUUCAGGAGCCCAGGUGGUGCGCUCACGGUUUUACCAAUAUCUUUGAAAGUGAAGGAUCAUCUGAAUGUGCAUGUGUCAUAAUGUAUGUGUAUGAUAUGAAAGGUUACUUCACCUUUAUUUACCCCAUCCCCCUUUUUUACAAAGCAUCUAUAAAUAUGAAUAUUAUUAUAAAUAUAAAUUGUAUAUAUCUAUAUGUAUAGGCUUAUAAGAAAAGUUACUGGAGUAAUUUUAACAAUUGUUUGUUUUUGGAGUACUAGAACUGUUUUCUUAUUAAUGCGGUGUACAGAUGAAGUGGUUCGGUGUUAUGAAGUACCGCCCGGCCCUGCUGCUGCGACAGCACAAAUUUUCUGACUCCGACAGAAAUGCAUUUGUAAAACAUUUACUAAUAUCAAAAGAAAAGGCGUCUCCUCCAAGGUUACGACUGUCAAAAACUCGUCCAAUUUUACUCGUUUGAAGAAUGUAAUAUGCUUGCUGUUAUAUUGACUAACACAAUAAUUGCUUCUUGCGGUGAAAAAGUGUAAAUAACUUGUGUACUUGAAUGAAUAUUUUUUUUAUCUGAGGGUGAGCCCUGAUGGGGGCUGUUUUCUGAGCUGUGCACUGCGGAAAUCUCUUUUACGGUGCAUCAUAACAGCCAGACGUAUACCUGGAUGUUUUUAUAUUUCUACAGGAUUGUGAAAGUAAGUGCUAAACUGAAAGCACCAGAGCCAGAGUUUCUGUAGCGGUACCAGACUUACUAGUACUGUCACGUUAAAUCCUUUUGAAUUUAAACUAACAGCAAAUAAGCCGUCAAAUUACAGUUCCUCACAAAAAAAGUGCCUCCCAUAUGGUUCUGGUGACAGGAAAGGUGCCAUUUGUUUAACGUGUCGUUUGUUUGUUUGGAAUAUGUCCGAUUUUUUUUAAAGAUGGAAAAAGAAACACAAAAAAAAAAUUUUUAAUACAAAAUGUCGCAAAACAGACCCAGAUCUUCCCCUGCUUCCUAAGUCUAGUCUUAAGUCAUUUUAUGCUCUUUACCCUGGUUUUUUAUUUGAGGUCAUAACUUAAAUGUGUGUUAUGUUUUUACCUUUGUCAAAAAUCACGAACUUUGUCAGAGCCGACCAGUGAAGUAGCCAGCAUGAAAGCAGUUCCUCAGGAGAGUGUGCAUGACAGAUUUCAUCAGCCGCUGUAUGCUCAUAUGUGUGACUCUCAACUGAAAGAGAAAAAAACACUGGAAUUAAAUGAUCCUCUUUGUCUUUUGUCAUUAUUUGGUCAUUGUCAUUGACUCUGUUGAAUAAGUAAAGUGGUUCAACUUUGUUGCCUGA